AUGGACGUUAAACGAUUUCUUGAGCGUCUUGAACGCAAUAAACCGAAGAUUUAUACCGCUGAUAAACCUGAUCUUGCAAGAAUACGUGCAAAUGUAAUGUAUGCACGUAGACUUAUACUGCGUGAAGAACAAUCUGGAAAACCUAUGUGGGCUCAGAAACAACAAAUAGACGCUAUUUUGGAUCAAAUAGAAGCACGGAGAGCUGAAAUAGAGGCUAAAAAGGCAGAUAUUGUCGUAAAAGACGAAUAUCCAGUCGAUACGGUCGAUAGAAAACAGGAAGAAACUGAGGAAAUUUUAAUGCAACAUCAAGAGAUGGCGGAUGCGAUGACAGAAAAAAUGCUGCGUUUGGCACAGGAGAUGAAGAUGAAUGCGCAUACAAUGGGGGAGAUUGCAGAACGGGACAAAUGGGUGAGAUUUGCUUAA